AGCAUUUCCGUGAUAACGUGUUCAAACCAUUGUGAUUUGUGAAAUGUGAAUUUUGUGAAUAUUUGAGUUCCAUAUUAUUUUGUAAAUAUUUGAAAUAGUUGAAUAAACCUUAUUAUUAUAACAUUUAAUUAAAAUAUAAUGGCUAGUAAAUUUGAAGGAUCGAAAACUGUGAGUGAAGACGAGAACACUACAUCCAAAGAUAUGACGCUUGCCGACAAAUUAAUUAAUAUACCAUUGUCAAUACCUUCUGGCGAUCAUAAACUCCAACAUCAAUAUUGGUUUUGGUUUAGUCGUAGAUUCCCUGGUAAGCCCGGAAACACUCCUAGCUAUGACCAAAAUCUUAAAUAUCUAGCAAGGUUUGGUUCAGUUGAACAAUUUUGGACAAUAUAUAGCCAUAUGGUAAGGCCGUGUGCCUUGCAAUCACACAGUGAAUUCCAUUUAUUUAAAGUCGGAAUCAAACCAAUGUGGGAGGAUGAAUCAAAUGCCAGAGGUGGAAAAUGGGUCUUGCGAAUACGUAAAGGCCUAGCAUCCAGGUGCUGGGAAAAUCUCAUUUUAGCAAUGUUAGGAGAACAGUUUAUGGUGGGUGACGAGAUAUGCGGAGCUGUUGUUUCAUUGAGAUUUCAAGAAGAUAUAAUAUCGAUUUGGAACAAGACUUCAUACGAUCAAGGGGCUACCAACAGAAUAAGAGAUACAUUACGUCGAGUAUUAAAUUUGCCACCCAAUACAAUUCUAGAAUACAAAACACAUAAUGAAAGUAUCAAAUCGGUAUCUAGUGUUUAUAAGAUGUAAAUUGCACUGAAUAAAACUAACAUGAAUUAUUCA